AAAAAAAAAAGCCCUUCCAUCCCCUCAGGACUGGGUUUGAAUUGCUUUUCAUCUGGAGUGGCAAUGAUUCAGCGACCCCCUUCUCAGCAGCAGGCAGUGACAGAGACAGGAGACGAAAAACACAGCGAAUGAAUCAGACAGCGACCUUCAGAGACCCGAGCCUGAGUGAGGACAGCUAUCAAAAGGAUAGACUCUUUGAGGAUGAAAUAUAUUGAAGUCUUCCAAUGCUGGUUGUCAGUUUCUAACCCUUCUUCAUCCUCCUGGCUACUCUCACCCACCCCAGAGGACAGAGCCCUGUAGAUGGCUCCAGAGAACUCUGGAAAGCAAGCAGCUUCCUCUUCAUGUCCGAACCUGCCACAGGUCUAACAUGGCAUUUAGAGAGAUGAGAGGCAGGCUGCCCACUCAGAAGUACCAUCUCACCCUUCAGGAAGAGCUCCCAAAUUAAGGAUCCCAAAGAUUCCAUACAAGGAGCUACAUAGAAAAGAAGGUGGCGCUGCAGAGGUGAUCUGCAUGCAGUAAGAAAUGCAGGAAGAUGCCCACAAAUAAAAAUUGACAACUGAGAAAACAGAAAUCUGGCUAUAUCAUCCAAGGGAUUCCACUGGACCCUGCUGCCUCUCAGAAUUCAGUGAAACUCAGGUUUUUGCAAGGAGUAGUAGAACGGUGUUACACCCUUCUAAAGGGAAAUGCAAUGACCACACGAUCUUCCAUUUUCAAGGCCUUUGGAGAACAUUUUGUCUACCUCUGCUCACCAAAAAGCAAGAAAAUCACAACAGAUAUCAGCUUGAAUAAAGAGUCCAAAGUGGUUGGUCCUACCUGGCAGUAGGACUUCCACAAGGUCAUUCAGAGACUCAGACACCUUCCAGUCUGUGGUUCUGUCAUCCCCUGCAGCCCUGGAGUCCUCUGUUAGAGCCUCUGAUUUGAUCCAGAAAACAAGAAUGUGGAGUGUCACUUGGAAGAUUUGUACUGGCCAGACCUGAAGGUGGCAUCCGUCACUUCUGCUCUUAUCCUAACAGCCAGCACAUCUGGCCACACUCAACUGGCAAGAGAAGCUGGGAAAUACAGUCUACGUGUGCGGCCAGAAGACAAGCUUCUCUCUGAAGACACCAACAAUAGCACUUGCAUGAGAAGAGCUGCGGUCGGAGCCCAGGAGGAGACAACGGAAGGCUGGGACCAGGGGUCUGGGCUAGAGGAAAAAAAAUUGGAAGACACACCAAAACGUUGACUGCAGUUGUCUUCAUCUGAAAAGAAAAGAGACUUCUCUUCCAGCCAAGAUGAAAGACACACAAGCCACUCAGGAAAUUUCGGCGGUCCCGCAGAGUGAAGUCCAUGAGCAGGAAAAUAAAAUGGAAAAUCAAGCGCAAAUUGAAGACACAUGUGACAAUCUCCCAAAGACACAGCGAUCUGUAGUACAUUUUUUUCCAACGUCAACGGAUUCAGAUACCACUACACUGCCAUGUUCAUGGUCAUUAUCCAAUGAAAUACCUCUCAGUUACUAUCUGUCCAGCCCUCAAGUUAGUGGAGUAUCUUUUUCAACAAUUGGACAAAAGCCUCUUAAACCUGCUCUAGUGAGCCAUUCCCAAUCAGAAGACAGCUUGGGACUCAACAACUUCAAAAUUCCAAAGAAACACACUAUGCCGGUGCUUGCUUCUCAGCUAGCUGUGGUUGGGGAAGGGGAAGAUUAUUUCCUAUCUUUGUUUGGUGAUUCAAAGAAACUUGUCAUGCACUCAUUCCCCACCAAGAGAACUUGGAAGCACUUUUCUAUGAUUCUUGAAGAAGUGGGCCAAUCUAGAUCCAGUGCUCUUGGAGACAUUAAAAUAGCUGAAGUGAAUGUCAAAGGUUUAUGCGUGAAGCUCAUUAACUCUUCCCUUGACAAAGAACUGGAAAUCGGAAAUCAUAUUCUCCAACAAAAUGUGGAUGGACAAACAGUCUCUCUGUACCAAUUCCUUCCCAAUAUCAAAAUGCAGGCCAAUUCCACGGUAACAGUCUGGGCAGCAGCAUCUGAAGCAAAGCACCAACCACCAUCAGAUUUUCUUUGGAAGGAACAAAACAGAUUUAGGACAAGCCCAAAUUGUACAACAAUCCUGUGCAAACCUAAUGGUGAAGCUGUUGCCUGGUACACUCCUAUCCACUGGAAGCAAGCAUGGGAGAAAUUAGAGACUGACAUUGAAUGUGACAGAUGCUCAGUAGUAAGUCCAACAUCUCGAAGGCACAUGUUUCAUUGGCCAGCAGCUACAACUACAACUAAAGAAAAACAAGACCAAUCUAAGCAAGAUAUCUCAAAAUAUCAGGUGGAACGAGUUCAAGCUUCUCUUACAAGAGAAAAAGAAAUCCCACCAACCCUUUUCCCCAAUCGCAGCCCCUGGUGCCACAGUCCUCAUGUCUCUGCACAUCCUUACUGUUCACUGAUUGAUCCUCACAACACCUACAUGACUGAACGCAGCUUAGACAGACAGCCCAGGUCUCAGUCAGCCAAGCCUGAUCUAGCCAGGACAAUAAUAUCCACGUCUAGAGAACAACACAAGGAUGCCUGACGUGACGCAGCCUGCCUUCCACACAGGAGAGGAAACCAGCAGCCAGCGAGAACACGGUUUCUUUUAGAAAAGAUAAUUCCUCAGGACUUUCCUGUAACCAUUUCUUAAAGCAGGAGAGAGAGUUCGUGGACAAGUUAAAACAUUUGCUUUCUAGGCUGUUAUGAAGAAAAACAUUGGUCAAAAGCAAAACCAUCACUGUUUUCAUUUUAUGCACAUGAAGUUUCCCAGUCACUAAUUUCAGUCUUUUAUACCCUGCCCAGCUGUUAGGUCGACAACUUCUGCCAUUUCUGCAGAUGCAUUUUCCAAAAGCACGUGUUUCAGGAAUUCUGAAUCUUGUGGUCUGAUUCUCUACACUUGGAAUCUGUCUCCCCAAAGCAUGCGUUAAUCCGGCUUCUUAAUGGCUGGAAGUAAUAGAUGAAGUUUCUAUGGAGUAACUAGUUGGGGGUUUUUAAACCUGCCUACAUGCAACUCAAAUGCCAAAAUAAUCUCUUCCACCUCGUGAUACUAGGUACAAAAUCCCACAGAUAGGAAAUGCCAAGAGUGUUUUAGUUAAAUAAUCUGAUAGAGCUACUUUUUUUUUUUUUUUUUACAAUUCUCACUUCUUAGUCUUUGGAGAUCUUAUUCUAUACCCAUCAAGAGUGUAGAAGCUGAAAAACUAAUGAACUUGCUCAUUUUUAAUGUUGACCCGCUUUAUACGCAGAAGGUAUGAUUGCGUCAGUUUCUGAGAACAAAUCCUGUCUAUACCUGGUAGCCCAGCUUCAUUUAAUUUAAUUUCUGCUUAUUUAUAUAACAUAUGCAGGAAGGUGGGGCAUAUACAGUCUUGGAAGGUGAGAUGGAGCAAGCAAAGUGAGGACCUUCCCCCGAUACACUCUGUUUAAAAAAAUAAACGUAAAAUAACCCCAAAAAUGAUCAUUAGUGGUGAUCAUUGAGUUUUGUUUUACUAUAUCCAAAUAUCAAGGGCUAAACAUACUUUAUUUUUAAAAAGUCAUGCGCCAAGGAACUCAAACAUAUACGUAUACCAAUAUCAAUAGCAGCAUUAUUCAUAAGAGACAAAAGGUGGAAACAACCCAAGUGUCCAUCAGCAGAUGAAUGGAUUUUUAAAAUAGGGUAUAUACGCACAAUAGAAUGUUAUUCAUCCAGUAAAAAAAUAAAAUGCUAAUAUGUGCUACAACAUGGGUAAACCUUGAAAAUAUUGUGCUAAGUGAAAUAAGCCAGACACAAAAGGACAAAUAUUCGGAUUCCAUUUUUCUGAGGUACUUAGAAUAGGCAAAUUCAUAGAAGUGGAAAGCACAAUAGCUUUUACCAGGCGUCAGCAAGAGGAGAGUGGGCAGUUGUUGUUUAAGGGGUGCAGGAUCUCUGUUCAGGAUGAAGAAGAAGUUCUGGAAAUAGUGCACAGUAUUGUGAAUGCACUUAAAAAUAGUUAAAAUGGUAAAUAAACAAAACUCUAGUAAAAUCAGAUUAGUAUUUCCAAGAUGGAAGAAAAGCCAUAUGCCAGUCUAAAGCAUCUGAGAAGAGUUAUAUUUCUUGAGAAAAUAAUUUGUCAUAUGCUUUUUGGUUGGAGAUAAAAAGGAUUCACGUUUAACCCCUGCAUAAUGAUGAAGCACAAAUAUUUUCUAGUCACCAAGCCACACUGAUCACAUUAUUUCUUUAGUCUUUGGACACUUAGGAGUAGACUUCUACCUUUUCAGACAACGCUCAAUAACACCUUAUGCCACUCUGAACCAUUACGUAUGAUCUUUGAAUCACACGUUGGCUAAAUCGUGUAGGCUCUUCUUUUUCAUAGUUACCAUAGAAACUGUGUAGUCACGGUAUUUGAGGAGACAAUAAGAGCAUCCGAGAGUGUACAAUCAAAGUUAACAUUUCAUGGUUCAUAAUCUCUUCCAGCUGCCUCCAUUUGUGAUUAUCGUGUUCAAGUUGGGAGUAUAAAUGUACAACCCAAAGGGCUCUGGGAACUAAAGCCAAUAAGCGACCUCACCCGUGCAGGCAUCCCUCCCAACCUCCUUCCCUCAAAGAUUUGCGAUAGAAACACAUAAAAGAAAUGGCAUGUGAGCCUCAGGUGUUUCCAAUUAUUUCCCUCGACUGAGGAGAGGUUUCCUAAUCCAAAACAUAUUUCAGCUCAAAUAGUCUUCCUUAUAUUUGAAGAUUGUGUAGCUUCAGAAGAAUUUCACCUACAUAUCUGAUUCAUUGACACUUCAUCAACAACAAUAUCCCCUCUGAGCUCUUCUGUAAGAACACUUCCUCUCUGGGUGGUCAAAAAUAUGGUGCAUUUAAGUAUUGCUUGUUUUUGUGAAGCGAGCUCUCAGAAAGUGUAUAACCUUUUGCUCUUGCAAGAAAAAGAGAAAUAAAUGCUCAGUGUGGUAGAUUUCUUGUCAGUGACAUCACCAUGGAGUGUUCUAGCACAAGCCUCAACUAUCUUCCUGCUCAAGGGCUAUCAGUCUCUCUAGAACAGUACAGGAAGGGGAAGAAUGACCUACCUCUACUGGUACAAAUCAUUAACUACCUAAGUGGUAAUACUCAGGCAAGACUAUUCAGGGAUUACAAAGAAAGAAUGUGGGUUUGGAGCAUUUUGUUUUCCUAAGUUUCUGAAUGAAAGGUAUAAGAUUGAUCAUUUAGGCUUCAGCAGCCUUAGACAGCAGUGAGCUUUAUCUCAUGGUCCCAGAAAUUCGCUACUUCAUUGUUGCCUCUGCAAUUUGGCGGCAGCACUCUGCUUAUAAUCAUCUUACAGGAGCAGUGAGGGUUAUUUCAUAAAACAUCCGAGUAAUGAUCAUUGUUAAAUAAUAUUCACUUGGUUCUGAAGAACCUAGGGGCAGCACAGGAAUAAAGACGCAGAUGUAGAGAAUGGACUUGAGCACACGGGGAAGGGGAAGGGGAAGCUGGGACAAUGUGAGAGAGUGACAUGGACAUAUAUACACUACCAAAUGUAAGAUAGCUAGCUAGUGGGAAGCAGCCGCAUAGCACAGGGAGAUCAGCUCAGUGCUUUGUGACCACUUAGAGGGGUGGAAUGGGGAGGGUGGGAGGGAGAGGCAAGAGGGAGGAGAUAUGGGGACAUAUGUAUACGUAUGGCUGAUUCACUUUGUUGUAGGGCAGAAACUAACACACCAUUGUGGGGCGGUUGUACUCCAAUUAAGAUGUUUAAAAUAAUAAUAAUAUUCACUGUUUAGGGAAACAAAUUCAUCUACAGAUGGAUGAACUACAUGAAUUACAAUGAAAAUAAACCCAAAACUUUACCUACCGCUGAAUACACCCCAAAAUAGGUGAACAUUUUGAGCUGUACCCCAGCACUUUUCCUCUCUCUCUCUCUCUCUCCCUCUCUCUCUCUCUCACACACACACACACACACACACACACACACACUUCAUUAUUUUGGCAUGAAAUAGUGAAAGAAAUUGUGAAAGGAUAAACACUGUUCAGAUGAUGAAGUAUUUUUGGUUAAUUGCCAAAGAGCUUUGCAGAGGAAUCCAAAUUUUCAGAUCAGUAUCAGGGCUAGAGUUCUUUUCGGGGAUAAACUCCUGCCUUUGGCACUUAAUGCCAAGUCCAAGUAGAGGAGGCUUUAGAAUCUAGCCAUCUGAGUAAGUUUUAAAAUGCGUGGUAGCAAUACAACUUUGUGCUCAGAUAAUAUAAAUGGUUACCACUCAAUUAUCUAUGUUUACAAAAAUACUGACUUGAAAUAUAUCUAUAUAGACAUAUCCAUAACAUAGCCAUAUUCUUUGGAAUACAUUACAAGACAAAACAGAUGCAAUAGAAAUUUUACUUUUAGAGGAGAUUUCUUUUUCCUAAUAUUUUCUUUUUCUUAGGCUGAAGACAGUCUCAGCAUGUUGAAUACUGUGAAAUUUCAUAUAAGCCUGUUGCUUAUAUGUCACCACAGCAUGAGAAAUGUAAAACUUUAGGAAUCGUUUGAAAACAGUAUUGUCUGUUUUAAAUAGGUUGUGUUUGUGUCUGUACUGUGGUCCUGAGAAAGAGGGGAAAAGGUUCUCUAAGUAAGAGGCCAACAGGAUCGCCGGGCAGUCAAAUUUUGCCUUAAUAUCCACAGAUUGCAAAGGUGACUAAUAAUACUACCUUCUGCCUGAAUUACACAUUAUAUUUAUAUUAGUCAACCAAUAAUAAUUUUAGGUCUAGAAGGAGGAACAUUGUAACCAUGAGCAGAAGUACCAUAGGAACUGCUUUCCAAGCUUGUGUCUCAUACUUCCUGCUCUGCUGAAAACAGGGGAACCACAAGGGGCUCGGGGACUGGGGUGGCAUGGGGAAGACAUCCGUUCCCAAGAUGGUUCAUUCACAUGGCAGGAAAAUUGGUGCUGACUGCUCUCCACAAGGCAGCUUGGGCUCCCUCACACAAGUUACUUAGGUUCCGAGAGUGAGUGUCCUAAGAAACAGGAAGUGGGAGCUACCAAUUUCUCAAGAUCUGGAUGCAGAAAAUGACACAGCAUCCUUCUGCCAUGUUCUCUUAGUCAAGCAGUUAUAGAGCCCAUACUCAAGAGGAGGAGGCAUAGACACCACUUCUCUAUAGGAGGCCUUAUUUUAAAACAACCACUAUGAACAUUCUCAGGAUACAUCAUAUCUUGGGUCGCAAAUCAAGCCUUGGUAAAUUUAAGAAAAUUGAAAUCGUAUCAAGUAUCUUUUCUGACCACAACGCCUGUAUGCAGAAAACUAUAAGACACUGAUGAAAGAAAUUAAAGAUGAUACAAACAGACGGAGAGAUAUACCAUGUUCUUGGAUUGGAAGAAUCAACACACAGGGUGAUCAGCUCAGUGCUUUGUGACCACCUAGGAGGGUGGGGUAGGGAGGGUGGGAGGGAGAUGCAAGAAGGAGGAGAUAUGGGAAUGUAUGUAUACAUAUAGCUGAUUCACUUUGUUAUACAGCAGAAACUAACACAACAUUGUAAAGCAAUUAUACUCCAAUAAAGAUGUUAAAAAAACAACAACACUAUGUAUAAAUCACCAAGAAAAAAAAAACAUACUUCUUUUUAACUUGAUCUUUCCCUUUUAAUCUUAACUGAGCAUGUCUGCCCCAAUCUUGGAAAAUUAAGACAUCCCCAAUUCACCAUCAUUCAGCUGGUGAAUCCUGAUGUUCAAAGAAUCCCAUCACAACAGGCAAGAAACUGUGACCUUACCUUUAUUGGGGGUAUAUUGUCAGCUUACCUGAAACAAGGGGAAUCUGAAAUAUUGCCUUGAAGCAAUAAGUAGCUCUAGAGAUUAUAAUUUUCCUCUUAAUUUCUAGAACCACCUUUCAGGAACCCCUUAACCUUUUCUCCUCUUCCUUAAAUCACUAAAAUCUAUGUGGAUUAGCUGGAGACAUGUCUUGAAGGGCUUGUAGUUGUCUGUUGAGUUUGUAUUUUGCAAACUUAUUUUUCCCUGUCAUGUAUUCUUAAUCACUAAUUUUUUUUGAGCAUCUAUUAUAUGCUAAGCACUGGAAUUUUUCAAAAUAUAAUUUGUGCUUUUAUGGGAGUCAUAGACCAGUGGAAAAGAUACUUGUAAUAAAAUAAAGUAUCAAAGAAGUACUACAAUAAAGCUAAAUAUAAAAUCUUGUGUGUUCUUUGGAGAAUGAAUACCAGACAGGUGC